CGUAGGCCUACUCCACGCGCUGCCUUCCAAAAUUCAGCCAAGACUCAGCCAAGCCCAUUCACUUUUUCCCCUUCCUCCAUCCUUCACUGCUUCUCUUUUCUUAUCGCGUGUGUACAAGCCUGAUAGAUAAUGUUUAUGUACGAAUAGUCGACUUUCUCAAUCAUCUUUCGUCUUACCUAGUAUCGCGUCCAACCGAAUUGUUCCUUCCCGCGCUACAAGCCAGCCUGCCAUGGGGAGCAUCAGUACCAGUUCCACCUCCGGCCAAACCGCGCCCAUCCAGAUGACGGGUAAAUCGAAUGCCGCUACGCCAAAGCUGAAUAACGAAGUCGAGAUGGGCAGUCUACCGGGAGAUUCGCAGGCUCAGGAGGAGGAUAUCAUGCAGAUCGCUAGGAUAGGAGACGUACCAGCCAUGGAGAAACUUUUCGAGUCGGGAGAGUACGAUGCGACCUACCAUGACGAUGAGGGUAUUACGCCCUUACAUUGGGCUGCGAUUAACAAUCAAUAUGCGAUGUGCAAAUUCUUGAUCGAACACGGCGCCGAAAUUAACAGAAAGGGCGGAGAAUCCGUAGCAACAGCUCUUCAAUGGGCCGCUCAGCGAUGCCAUUACUAUACCGUCAAUCUGCUCCUCCAGCACGGCGCCGACCCUCUCAUCACCGACGCUCAAGGCUACAACACGCUUCACAUCUCGACUUUCAACGGCAACGUCCUCCUGAUUGUCCUCCUGCUUCACCAGGGAAUCCCUGUCGACGUUAUCGACACGUUCGGCCACACUGCGCUUAUGUGGGCUGCGUACAAGGGAUUCCCUCAAUGCGUUGAUCUGUUUCUUCGCUGGGGCGCAAGCGUUCAUGCGACAGACGAGCAAGGCUUCACCGCGCUGCACUGGGCGCUCGUCAAGGGAAGCCCGGGAUGUAUUCUCAAACUUAUCGAAUACGGCGCCGAUCGAUUCGCAAAGACACAGACGGGUAAGACUCCUGCUGUGACGGCCAACGAGCUUAAUACGGAGGGCGCCUGGCACAGAGCGCUUCGAGAAUGCGGUUUCAACGAGGACGGUCAUCCUGCGGUUCCGCCUUGGCCUGGUGCUAGCUAUUUCUUAAAGGACAAGAGAGCUUUUGUUACGAGGUUCUUGUUCAUCUGGCCGUUUGUUCUGGUUUGGGCCAUGCUUAUGGCUGUUUCGAGUGCGCCUGUCUACAUUGGCGUUCCCCUUGGAUUUGCUGUGGUUUACGGUGUUCAAUGGGUUGCUCAGCAAGUACUGGAAUAUGCGCCUCCCGAUAUGCGACACUUUCACAAGACUCCUUGGCUCACCGGUAUCUUUGCGGCCACGCUCUUCUUAACAGCUGUGAAUUGGUUGACGACAGUCCUCUUUGCCACAACACUUGGCGCGAGUGAGGGUCACGGCCAUACGUUUCUUAACCUCUUCUUCGGUAUCUUCUUGGGCUUCACCGCGUACUUCUACAUUGCUAGCAUGAGAUACGACCCGGGUUUUGUGCCAAAAAUGAACGGAAUUGCGGAGCAGAAAGCUGUCAUCGACGGACUUUUGUCGCAGUGGAAAUACGACGAGACCAACUUUUGUGUUACUUGCAUGAUUCAGACGCCUCUUCGAAGCAAGCACUGCCGCCGUUGUCAACGAUGUGUCGCCAAGCAUGAUCACCAUUGUCCUUGGGUUUACAACUGCGUCGGCAUUAACAACCACCGACACUUCUUCUUCUACCUCAUCUCGCUGACUUUUGGUAUUAUCUCAUACGACUUUUUACUGUACUACUACUUCGACACCAUCAGCAGCAACGCUUCGGAUAGCUGCAACGUUCUUAGCCCGAACCUUUGCAAGUUCAUCAAUGCUGAUUCGUACACUGCGAUCUUGGCCGUUUGGAUUACGCUUCAACUCCUCUGGGUCACCAUGCUUUUGUUUACCCAGUUCAUUCAGGUAGCUCGAGCUAUGACUACGUAUGAGAACAUGUUUGGUGUUAGGGACGGAACUGCUAUUACCGCUCUCACAUCUACUGGCGCCCCUCUCGACCCCAACCACCCGUCUCUAUCCGCAACAGCAACCCCUGGUGGUCAUCACCACAAGCACAAGGGCGGCAUGCUCAAGUCUUUGAGUCGUACCCUUGGUGUCGACCCCUUUAUCGAGACCAUUACCGGCAGAGGUGCCGUUUCUACCAAGAACAAGCGCAAGAAGAAGAACCCUUACAGCCGAGGCUGCAUUGCCAACUGCAAGGACUUUUGGUGCGAUCCCGCGCCCAUUUUCGGCCAAAGAGAGAACGGAGCUGCUGUACUUGGUGGCGAGAGAGUUGACUACACAGCCAUGUACGAGAGUCCUGGUCUGAUGCAGUUGACGGGUCGUAGAGAGCGCGGUGGCUACGAAGCCGUUGGAACGGAAGAGGUUUAGACGAUGACGAGCUUUGAUUUUGGGAACUGAGGAGUCGUUAACCGGGACACGUUAUACGACCGGCGCCAACUACAUAGAGAUUGGUGGUAAAUGACGGGUGAAUGAUGCAUUACGACUAUAUGCGGGUACUUGGGAGAGUAUUCUGGUAGACCAGGGGCUUCGAGAAAGAAUAGAGGCGUCUUCAUUAUGACCAUGCUCCUCUUUUUCUUGUACUCCAGUGGAAAGUGCUCAGUUGGGUACGGGAUAUAUGACGAGAACUGUAUACUAGCAGUGGUGUAAUGUUAACCUUAGCGGUAAGGGCGUUUAGAUCAAGAGAUUGUAUUUCGAAGUUUGAGU